CAGAAAAGAUGGCGACGCCUUGCAACGGAGAGCGGUUGUCGGGAGCAAAUGGCAAAAGCUCGGAAACGCGGGGCAAAAGACUCACCGAUCUGCCCACGGAAGUGUUAGAGUACAUUUUGUGCUUCCCCGUCUUGAACCACAUCGACAUUUCCAACGUGUCCUGCUGCUGCAGGCGACUGCACGACGUGUGUGACGGCAGCGGGAAGGUCUGGAGCCACCAGUACAAACUCAGGUGGCCUAGGCUGCAGAAACUCUACCGGCAGAAUGAGUCCUAUGAUUGGCAAAAAGAAUACAGGACCAGACACAUGGUGUGUUUACAGAUCCAAAGAACAGUCGUGUCAAUCUCCAAGAGAUUCUUCACAGAAGUUCCUUGCGUUGGCCAGGUUUUGGGAGACAGCUUUACAGAGAUCGAGUCCCUGGGUGCCCCUGAACAUUUCUGUGAAGACGAGCUCCUCUCCAUCCUCAACUCUGACAAAAGAAAAAGCUUGACACUGAAGUACUAUGCAAAGAAAAUCCUAUACUUCCUUCGCCAACAGAACAUCUUAAGAAAUCUGAAGGCCUUUCUGGAGCGUCCUUCAGAAGAGCAGUCCGCCCUGGAAGGUGCUGUGUUAGUCGAUCAGUAUUGUAACCCUCUGGCUGAUGUUACCCUUGAAAGUAUAUCCGCCCAACUAAACGACAUCACAGAGAAAGUGAAAAAGUAUCUAAGAGUGAAAAACGCCUCUCACCCAAGCCUGAGAACGGGCCAAGGUGAUUGCAUGGUGUUGGAAGACUUUGAGCUUCAGAGGCAAGUCAUCUGUGCCCUCAAUGCAGUUUUGUAUGACCAGCUUCAGUAUAAGGGCAAUGAAUGUGACUACUACAACCCACUCAACUCUUACAUACAUCAGGUGCUACUGCGGCGGACGGGCAUUCCCAUCAGCCUCUCUGUGUUGUAUAUGACGCUGGCCAGGAAGAUGGGCGUCCUCCUGGAGCCGGUCAACUUCCCCAACCAUUUCCUGUUACGUUGGUGCCAGCGCCAGGCCAGUAGUGACGAUAUCUACGACUACGUUUACAUCGAUGCGUUUGGGAAGGGGAAGCAGCUGACUGCUAAAGAGUGUGAGUACCUGAUCCGUCAGCAGGUGACAGCAGACUAUUACAGCUCCAUCAGCACCACCGAGCUGCUGCUGAGGAUGGUGGGCAACCUGCUCAACAUCGGCAAGAGAGGUGAAGGCAAUGAGAAGUCAUAUCAGUUGCUGAGGGACUCUCUGGAUCUCUACCUCACCAUUGACCCUGAUAACGUCCAGUAUCUGCUGCUCCAGGCUCGACUUUACUUCCACUUGGGCAUCUGGCCUGAGAAGGUGCUGGAUAUUCUGCAGCAUAUUCAGGCAUUGGAUCCCUCUCAGCACGGAGCUGUUGGCUAUCUGGUGCAGCACACUCUGGAGCACAUCCAGCAUAAAAGACACCCCAUAGAACCGGAGGUGAAGCGGCGCAGCGCCCCCGAACACAGCCAAGUGCAGUACUCUGUAGGCCUCGUUAUGAAACACAAAAGGUCAGGUUAUAACUGUGUUAUUUACGGAUGGGAUCCCAAAUGCACGAUGAGUCAGGAGUGGAUCACUACCAUGAGAGUCCAUCAGCUCUCCAACGGUGCCAAUCAGCCAUUCUACAACGUCCUGGUGCAGGACGGCACCUGCCGAUAUGCUGCGCAGGAAAAUCUGGAGCCUCACUCUGCUCCGUUGGAAAUUGCCCACCCCGAGGUGGGCCGAUACUUCACUGAGUUCGCUGAUACACACUACAUUGCCAAUGAGGAGCUCCAGACUCGUUACCCAGAAGACACGGUGGAGACCCAGCGUGCCGUACAGGAGCUUUACCACACGCAAACCCCUAACUCAGGGCACCCUGCAGGGCCAGGCACUGACCACCACAGCCACGAUGCCUCCAUGGCUCCUUAGAACACAAACUGCCACUCACCCUUUCAUCAUCAAUGCUAAAUGCACCCCUCACACCCCCCCCCCUCCACUCCCCUUUUAGGCAGAUCCAGUCCGCUGCUCAUGUCACUCUGGGAAAAGUUGUCCUGUGUUGUUGAUCUGAAGCCAGAAUUCAUAUAAGACAGGUUUUACACACCUGAAGCGUUAGAUUUUGAUGGGGAAGCUUCACUUUUAAAGGAACAUUGCAGUGGUUUUCAGCCUUCUGCAUCUAUAUGCAUAUUUCAGUUUAGAAAAGAACAGAAAACCCACUCACUUCACUUAUAAUAGGAACCAGUUGCUGAAUUCUGUGAAUGAGCACUUAAAAUAUGUGAGUACAUAAUGUGAACUGCAAAACAACAACCAUUACACUCUGUUACAGUACAGGUCUUAGGA